GAGUCUCACUCUUUCGCUGAGGCUGGAGUGCAGUGGCAUGAUCUUGGCUCACUGCAACCUCUGCCUUCUGGGUUCAAGCGAUUCUCCUCCCUCAGCCUCCCAAGUAGCUGAGAUUACACAGGCAUGCACCACCACACUUGGCUAAUUUUAUUUUUAGUAGAGAUGGGGUUUCGCUAUGUUGGCCAGGCUGGUCCCGAAUGCCUGACCUCAUGAUCCACCCACCCUGGCCUCCAAAGUGAUAGGAUUACAGGCGUGAGCCACUGUUCCCGGCCGCCUCCAUUACUUUUCUGAGACUUGUGACAUUAAUAAAUGUGUGAUAUUACAUAAUGAAUUAUAUCAUUAUUUGAAAUACCUGCAUGACUUGGUGAUCUGAUAUUUUCCAAAUGACUGAAGCAUGAUGCUAUAAAAUCAUGCAUGGGCAAAAGAAGCAUUCAAACUGCAAGAUCAACCAAUGAACUUAAUGUAACUGAAUAUGAAAAGUUCACUAAUAAGAUUUGAGAUUCCACACUGCAAACAGCCUUUAGGAAAAUUUAGCAAAAACUACUGUGGUAGAUAGAAUUUGAAUAUGGCCUCCCAAAGAUGUCCUACUCUAAUACCUGGAUCCCUAUGAGUGUAAGUACUACUCAUAAUAUGUUCUAUCAUGUACAGCUGACCUUAAAAUAAGAUUAUCCAGGUGUGCCUGAUCUAAUCAUACAAGCCCUUUUAAAAGUAGAGAGUAGCAGCUUUUACGAGGUAUCAGCACUUUUCUUUCAUUGGGGGAAGGCGUGAGGAAAGUAACAAACAGCAGCGGAGUUUUAAACUUUAAAUAGACAGGUCUGAGUGCCUGAAUUUGCCUUUUCAUUUUACUUCAUCCUCCAAGGAGUUCAAUCACUUGGCGUGACUUCACUUCUUUUAAGCAAAAGAGUGGUGCCCAGGCAACAUGCGUGACUGGAGCACUUUAGGCAAACUCCUUGACAAGUUUCAAGCCUACUCAACUGCUGGAGGGAAGGUGUGGCUGUCAGUACUUUUCAUUUUCCAAAUCCUGCUGCUGAAGACAGUGGUUGAGUCAGCCUGGGGAGAUGAGCAGUCUGCCUUUCGUUGUAACACUCAGCAACCUGGUUGUGAAAAUGUCUGCUAUGACAAGUCUUUCCCAAUCUCUCAUGUGCGCUUCUGGGUCCUGCAGAUCAUAUUUGUGUCUGUACCCACACUCUUGUACCUGGCUCAUGUGUUCUAUGUGAUGCAAAAGGAAGAGAAACUGAACAAGAAAGAGGAGGAACUCAAGGUUGCCCAAACUGAUGGUGUCAAUGUGGAGAUCCACUUGAAGCAGAUUGAGAUAACGAAAUUCAAGUAUGGUAUUGAAGAGCAUGGUAAGGUGAAAAUGCAAGGGGGGUUGCUGCGAACCUACAUCAUCAGUAUCCUCUUCAAGUCUAUCUUUGAGGUGGCCUUGCUGAUCCAGUGGUACAUCUAUGGAUUCAGCUUGAGUGCUGUUCACACUUGCAAAAGAGAUCCCUGCCCACAUCAGGUGGACUGUUUCCUCUCUUGCCCCAUGGAGAAAACCAUCUUCAUCAUCUUCAUGCUGGUGGUGUCCUUGGUGUCCCUGGCCUUGAAUAUCAUUGAACUCUUCUAUGUUUUCUUCAAGGGCGUUAAGGAUCGGGUUAAGGGAAAGAGCGACCCUUACCAUGCGACCACUGGCACGCUGAGCCCCGCCAAAGACUGUGGGUCUCAAAAAUAUGCUUAUUUCAAUGGCUGCUCCUCACCAACUGCUCCCCUCUCGCCUAUGUCUCUUCCUGGGUACAAGCUGGUUACCGGCGACAGAAACAAUUCUUCUUGCCGCAAUUACGACAAGCAAGCAAGUGAGCAAAACUGGGCUAAUUACAGUGCAGAACAAAAUCGAAUGGGGCAGGCGGGAAGCACCAUCUCUAACUCCCACGCACAGCCUUUUGAUUUCCCCGAUGAUAACCAGAAUUCUAAAAAACUAGCUGCUGGACAUGAACUACAGCCACUAGCCAUUGUGGACCAGCAACCUUCAAGCAGAGCCAGCAGUCGUGCCAGCAGCAGGCCUCAGCCUGAUGACCUGGAGAUCUAGAUACAGGCUUGAAAGUAUCAAGAUUCCACUCACUUGUGGAGAAGAAAAAAGGUGCUGUAGAAAGUGCACCAGGUGUUAAUUUUGAUCCAGUGGAGGUGGUAUUCAACAGCCUUAUUCAUGAGGCUUAGAAAACACAAAGACAUUAGAAUACCUAGGUUCACUGUGGGUGUAUGGGGUAGAUGGGUGGAGAGGGAGGGGAUAAGAGAGGUGCAUAUUGGUAUUUAAAGUAGUGGAUUCAAAAAACUUAGAUUAUAAAUAAGAGUUCCAUUAUGUGAUACAUAGAUAAGGGCUUUUUCUCCCGGCAAACACCCCUAAGAAUGGUUCUGUGUAUGUGAAUGAGUGGGUGGUAAUUGUGGCUAAAUAUUUUUGUUUUACCAAGAAACUGAAAUAAUUCUGGCCAGGAAUAAAUACUUCCUGAACAUCUUAGGUCUUUUCAACAAGAAAAAGACAGAGGAUUGUCCUUAAGUCCCUGCUAAAACAUUCCAUUGUUAAAAUUUGCACUUUGAAGGUUAGCUUUCUAGGCCUGACCCUCCAGGUGUCAAUGGACUUGUGCUACUAUAUUUUUUUAUUCUUGGUAUUAGUUUAAAAUUCAGACAAGGCCCACAGAAUAAGAUUUUCCAUGCAUUUGAAAAUCUCAGCGUUAUACAUAUAUUUUUUCCAUCCACUUGCACCAUAUCAUUACCAUCACUUUUUCAUCAUUCCUCAGCUACUACUCACAUUCAUUUAAUGGUUUCUGUAAACAUUUUUAAGACAGUUGGAUGUCACUUAACAUUUUUUUUCUUUUGAGCUAGAGUCAGGGAAUCAAGCCAUGCUUAAUAUUUAACAGUCACUUGUAUGUGUGUGGAAGUUUGUUUUGUUUGUCAUGUAUUGGUACAAGCAGAUACAGUACAAACUCACAAACACAGAUUUGAAAAUAAUGCACAUACAGUGUUCAAAUUUGAAUC